AGAUCAAUUGCAUGCAUAUUCAAAAGUUUAGAUGAACGCUGCACAGAUGAGGAUGUUAUUAUUAUUUUUUUUCCGAAGAAACCAUCAUGAGUUGUAUAUUAUCAUGCAUUUAUGGGCAGAUGCUCUGUCACAGUAAGAACUUGAGACCCAAGUUAGAGGUAUCGGCUUUGAAUCUUGAGAUAAGGGAAAGAAUCCCUUCUCUAACAACUUUUUUCGAAAUUGCUCCAUGUUUAUCUGCAUUCUCAUUAGUGGGUUGAUACUGCUGCCCUGGAGUUCCAUUAUCUCUGACUUCUUUUCUUUUACCUCUUUAAAUUUAAUGGCAAAAGAUUUACAUGUUUUAAUUUACUUCUCUCUGUACAACUCCUCUAAGUGGCUUGGCAAUUUAAAGUGGUAGGGCCUUGUUGGCCAAAAAGUGUUGUGCAAUUUGGUUUUUAUCAACUUGAUAGGGUCAUAGGUCAUGUCCAUUACCUUUACACCGAAAUGAUCAAAUUUUAGGUCCUGUGGAGAGUUUCAUUCCCAUUCCAACCACCACAUUACCAUUGACCUGUAAUUGGAUUGAUUUGUGUUCUUUUGAUGUUUGGUGUGCGUUUCUAUUGCAAAAUGCUGCUUUUAUUUGAAUAUAGGUCCAGAUCUCUGCAGUGAUGUCGACCUCAGGUUUGGAACUUUCUCCCAAGACAGCUGGUGCUUUGAAAUUAUGAAUACUUUGGUUUGUAGUGUGAAAAGAUUAUGAAUACUAUGGUUCAUCCUGAAGGAAAUAAAACAAUGCAGGUGCUGGAGACAGACUGCAAACCUUCAUAGUUUCGUAGCUCAAGUGCAAGAUUGACUCGUGAAAAUAAAGGGCUGUGUAAGAUUGAAAUUGAAAAUUGAAAUACCAAAAGUUUCUACCGCAAAAGGUAUCUGCAGAUGAUGUUGUUGCUCGGUUUUCGUCACUGAGUUCCUGGCUUCCUUCUACAAAGCACCAGGUAGCUUAAGAAUGAUAACAAGAAUGGGGUAUUUGUGUGUGCUGUAUGUUACCUUAGCUAAAUAUUUUAUGCAUCCCUAUUAUUGAGUUGUUU